CCACUGGGCUGCUCAAGCCCGAGGCUGCUAGGGAGAGGGUGCAGGUUCGGUGGGCCCAUCUGGCGGAGUCGAGCAAGGGAAAUGGUACCCGCCCCGCCGCUCGCCGGUUGAGGAGGAGCCGCUCUGGCCAGGUGGCAGGCCAGCCGUGGCGCGGGGCGCGGGCCAGAAGGGGCGUAUCGUCCUCACGUGCUGCUGCUGAAUGUCGACUCCGGAGGAUGAGGAGAGGCUCUCGCCGCUUGCCCAGAGAUGGCCCCGCGCGAGCAAGUUCCUCCUGUCGGGCUGCGCGGCCACCGUGGCCGAGCUAGCAACCUUUCCCCUCGAUCUCACAAAAACUCGACUCCAAAUACAAGGAGAAGCUGCCCUUGCUCGGUUGGGAGACGGUGCAAGAGAGUCUGCUCCCUAUAGGGGCAUGGUGCGCACGGCCCUGGGGAUUGUCCAAGAGGAAGGCUUUCUAAAGCUCUGGCAAGGAGUGACACCUGCCAUUUACAGACACAUAGUGUACUCUGGAGGUCGAAUGGUCACUUACGAACAUCUCCGUGAAGUUGUGUUUGGCAAAAGUGAAGAUAAGCAUUAUCCCCUUUGGAAAUCAGUGAUUGGAGGGAUGAUGGCUGGUGUUGUUGGCCAAUUUUUAGCCAACCCAACUGACCUAGUGAAGGUUCAGAUGCAAAUGGAAGGAAAAAGGAAACUUGAAGGAAAACCACUGCGAUUUCGUGGUGUGCAUCACGCAUUUGCAAAAAUCUUAGCUGAAGGAGGAAUACGUGGGCUUUGGGCAGGCUGGGUACCCAAUAUACAAAGAGCAGCGCUGGUGAAUAUGGGAGAUUUAACCACUUACGAUACAGUGAAACACUACUUGGUUUUGAAUACACCACUGGAGGACAAUAUCAUGACUCAUGGCUUAUCAAGUUUAUGUUCUGGACUGGUAGCUUCUAUUCUGGGAACACCUGCUGAUGUCAUCAAAAGCCGAAUAAUGAACCAACCGCGAGAUAAACAAGGAAGGGGCCUUCUGUAUAAAUCAUCAACUGACUGCUUGAUUCAGGCUGUUCAAGGAGAAGGAUUCAUGAGUCUCUAUAAAGGCUUUUUACCCUCCUGGCUGCGAAUGAGGAGCGUACAAUGUGAUGGGAGAAGAUAGACACACCCCUUGGUCACUGGUGUUCUGGCUUACUUAUGAAAAAAUCAGAGAGAUGAGUGGAGUCAGUCCAUUUUAAGCCCUUAAAGAUGCAGCCCUUAAAGAUACAGUGUUCAUUAUCAUUGAAAUGCGGGCAUCUGCAACAUACACCCCCUAUUAUUUCUACCUCUUUAGGAAGACACCUUACUCCACAGAGACUGUGAUUUAUAGGGGGCAGCACUUUAUUUUUAUCUGGAAACCCAAGUUCUCUUUGACUCCUCUUUUUGUUCAAAAGCAAUCUGAUUGGAUCACACAAGGCUUCCCAAUGAGACCCAGCCCAGUGUUUUCUAAGGAAGAGUCAAAUCCCGACCACUUACCUUGAGCAAGAAGAUUCGACCUUCGAGAUGCUAUUCUAUGCUGAAGAGCUUGCUUAGAGGAGGAAAUGCCAGAAGGGAGACAGCAUCUUAGACCUGAAGCAGACAACAGUAAUGUGGAAAAAUACAUACGUACAUAAUGACCACGGAAUAUAUUUAACCUGUCGUGUCAGUAUUUACGACUGAAAUUUGAUAAUUCACUUUUCUGUUGCCGUUAAAGUGUGCAUACUUUAAAUUAAAGGGAGGUGAAUGAAUAAACAUUUUGAGAUUUCCCUAGUGUUGAAGGAACUUGAUGUACCUUUUCUUGCCAGGAGGAUGAAAAAGAAUCAAGUUGAGAUGAUGUUUGGAUCUCAAGGGAAGAAGCCGUUUUCCGUCAGUGCCCUGUCGUUAGUUGAUCUGUGUUCACUGGUUAACUCGCCAGCACACAGGCUAAGGACUUCCUGACAGCCACCGACCACAUCUUGAUGAAAACAGAAAAGAGUCUUUGCUUUGUGACAUAUCCCAUUCCAGCUUGAAUUUGUCACUAGCUCUCAAGAAUCUCAAUAUAUGAAAAACGCAGUUUAUUUGAUUAAAGCUCGAGUGGACAGGUCCUUUUAAUAAAGAAACAUCUGUUAUCAUCAGCCUCUCAGUGGCACGUUAACAGCAAAGCUAAGAUGAAGUCAGUCGACAUAAAUCCUUUCUUAAUCUCCCCUUCCCUAACGCUUAGGGUCCUAGAGAGAGAGAACUCAGAAAUCACACUAAAGCUGUCUCUAGCCUGAGUCUUAUUCAAUUUGACAAAGCCUCCCGCCUAAAAAGUGAUAAGUAUAAACUGCUUAUGGUGUACAGUUUUGUCUCCAAUCACUAAAUCACAUCCCUUUUCUUAGAAAGGUGAGAGAUUUCUUCAGAUUCACCUCUAUACCACCUGUUCCCCGCAACCUCAGACAGUGUGCAUUUCUGGAUGGAUGGCUACAGUUAUGGGUAGAGGCUGUAACUGUCAAAAUAGGAAAACCCCAAAAGCUCAGACCCAAGAAAGACCGUGGAGCUGACCAAACAGGAUUUAUCAUGGGCAUGAAUGAUGUGGAACAGAAAAAAGUUUACAAGUACCCUGUGGUUGCACUGAUGUAUAAUCACUGCCAUUUAAGAGGGGAAGUAUGCUUUAAAAUAUAUUUUAAUGUGAUGUACUAAUAUGCAGUGGUUUAUUGUUUUUGUAGAAUUUACAGAAUGUGAAGUUUAAUCUCUUAAAAUCUUUCGGUGGUCUACUUUUCCAUUGCAUUUGUCAGUCUGUAUGAAUUGAGUUGUUAAAUAUAUUUAAAAUAAUAUUAUGUACUUAGGUUCUCAAGUGUUCUGUAUUAGAACCACUUUAGGAAACUUUGUUUUUUGUGUGUAUUUUAUACAUUUUUAAAUCAAGUACAUAUUGGAUCAAAAUAAUUAUAUGCAAACUGGACCCUGAAAAACUUUAUUUAGCUUUAUUCUUUGAGGGGCUUGAGGUAAAAACAUUGCUUACAUAGUGAGACUAUUCCCUGGUGUCUGGAUUCAACACGAAUAAUUGGUUUUUUUUAACUGGAAAUGACUCCUUAGGAUGGUCUGGUUUAAUUCUUCCAUUGUCUAAGUUAGGAAACUGAGGCCUAGAGAAGUAGAGUUGUUCAUGCUCAUAACUUACUUAGUAGCAGAGCCAGGAUAAAGAUACAGAUCUCUUAAUUAUUGUUACAACUGACAGUUAUUGUACCCUGAUUAGGUACCAAGUAAAUGCCUUAUGUUAUCUUCACAACAUCCCAGCCCAGUGCUAUUGAAUCUUCCAAAAACAGACUUUUUCUUUAUGGCAUUUCUUGUCUUAGACAUUUUAAAUGAAUUUGAAUUGCCUUUAGCAUACGUUUUAGAAUGGAGUCACCAUACUUUAGCUAAAACAUAGAGACCCUCCAGAAUCUGACCAAAUCCUGUAGAUCCAACACAUAUAUCCUAUCACAGUUAUACUUCUCCAGUGAAAUCAUUUUCAUUAAUGUAUCUUGGAACUUUGCUUUAUUUUACCAACUUGAAAUCAUCUUGUUCCUCUCCCAAAUAACCCACAGUAAGUAAAAAGAAAUAAUAUUUCAGUAAUUUUGUGUCCAUACUGAAAGACAGCCAUUUCAGCCCACUUUCUUAUAAUACAACUGUUGGUGGUAUUUAUCUUCAGCUCAGUAUUGAUAAUACUUAACCUCUGAGCUUCCUUUGCUUAGCUUCCCCAUUUUUUCUCUUCACAAAUGAAUUUUUUUUCUCACUGAAAAAUAUACAUGUUCUUAUUUUUAAUUAUAUACAGUCCUUUGUUUUUUAUAUGUAUAAGUGAAUUAGCAUAUCUAAAUAAAGAGAUAACAUUUCUUAAAUUCACUUUUAGUGAAGAAUAAUGUGUCUUUAUCAAGUGCUCCAAAUCCUAUUUAAUUAUAAGCCACUAGAGGUAGGACUAUGUCUUGUUUUUAUAUAAAUCUCCACUCUCAUUAGUAGCAUUUCUUUGCUAUUAGGUACUCAACAAAAGUUACAUAUGAUGUGAAUCAAUUUUGGCUUCAUUAUUUUAAGAUCUGUACCUAUCAUAAGACUAGUCUGAAAUUUCUUUCACUUUGCCAAGAAAAAAAGGAAGGAAACAGAUUCAGGGAGGUUUUAAGUGUAAAAAAAAAUUACUUUUCUGUCAUCUUCAAAUUUUUAAGUAUAACCAUUUAUGUACCAUUGAAAUAGUUAUACAUGUCCUUUUCUGUUAAUGAAAACAGAUUCCCUCAGGACCUCCAUUGGAAAAAUGUUUAAUACUUGGUGGUUAAAAACAUUGAAGGUGAAAAUAUUUGAUUCUCUUCUCUCCAAUUAAAUCAGACCUCUUUAAAAAUGAUUACCAAACAAAUAUAUAUUAUCAUUGAAUGACAGGUAAUGUGGAGGAAAGGCUGAACAUGGAUUCUCAAGACCUUUAUCCUAUUUUGGGUUCUCCUCCUGAUAAAGUAGUAUAACUAUGAUCAAGUCCCUUCACUUCUCUUCUCUUGAUGUCCAUUUCUUUAUAAGAUGAAGUGACUGAACUCUAGAAUCGUAACUUGCAUGUACUUGAAGAGAGCCAUUAUAUGAAUGUCAUGUGAAAAAAAUAUAGGAUUGAAAAAAAUUAUUGGGAUUUGUUGUUUCCUGGAUUUAAUGAAUUUCUUGUGUUUUAGGAUGAGGAAAGUUUUAUUCAGGCCUUACAGCAGAAUACAAACUUUUUAUGUGGCUGGAAAUCCUUCCUUCACCUAGUAGCAGAGUUCUCUUCCUUCAGGCAACCCUGGACACGUCACCCUGCCUUUCACCUUCAAUUACUCCUUCACCCACACAAGAAAAAUUAAAAUCUUUGACACUAUAUACAAGACCCUCUCAACCUGGCUUCAACCCAUUUUUCUAAGCUUUGCAUAUUACUCGGUACCUGCACCUUACCACCUUGCAAAUUCAUUGCCCCACUUAUUUCUCUGGAGAUGCUCUUUACGUGGCUGCUUCCCAGGCAGUGUUCAUUCUGUGCUGUCCGCCGAGCUCUCCUCCCGUCACUACCACCAUUCAUCUUCACCUUCACUGGGGAAGUCCUACUUUAACAUCUAGAAUGAUCUCUGAAGACUUGAACAUCUCCAACACCUCCAUGCUCCCAUUGCUUCUUCUGUGGAUGUCUGUCUGUCUGCAUGGAUGUGUGUCUGCCUCCCUAUACAAAUGAACUCUCGCAAGCAAGGGUCAUGCAAUACAUCUCUGUUUCUCUUUGAAACUUCACACAGAAGUCAAUUAGAAGGUAUUUGUUGAAUUCAGAGAUUUUUAGGGGUGGAAAGAAAAAGAAACAUUUAUGUACCCGUGAUUAAGCCAUAUGUUGUUUUCCUCUUACCUUCAGAAUAAUUGUGUCGGGUCAGUAACACUCAAUUUCAGGCGAUUCUUUACCAUGUGCAGUGCUUAACUGCAUUUUCAAAAGACCUGUGUCUUUAAACAUAUGUAAUUAUUAUAAUUUUAAAUAAGUAUUCAUCAGUUUAAUAGCUAUUCUACAAAAAUCUAGAAUUUGAUAGUUUUAAAUCAUACAAAAUAUUUGGUUAGUCAAUUAACAGUUAAUAAAUAUGUGAUGAGUUUAUAUUAUUCAUUUUAGAGUGUAUAUGAAAAUUAUAUCACUAUUUGUAUGUACAUUUUACCCACUCGAGUGUUUUAUUAUUUAUGAAUCCUGAGGAAUAUGUGAUUAUUUUUCUCUCCCCAUACUUUACCCCCAACAGGCUGCUGUGAUUGUCAACAGCAGCAGGAUCCACUUUGAAGGUUUGAUAAAAGCAGAUGAAGAUGCUUAAAGAUGUCUGUUUGCUGAAAAUAACUGGUAACAAACAGGAAUAUAUGUGAGUAAAUAUAGUGCAUCAUUCUGAUUUUUAAAAUAAAUGUUUUAAAAUGCCUAA